ACUAAAAAGAUUAACAACCACCAAACUUAUAACCUCUCUCUUUUUUUAUUUUUUCCGAUAAAUAUAUAUAUAAGCAGCCCCACCAUCGUCUUCUUCACUGCCUCUCUCCUCUCUCUCUUCUCUCUUGUUAGUUCACUCCACAUAAUAAACACCAGACAUCUCAUUCCUUUCAUCAAUAGUUUCGAGAUUUUCUUGAAUUGGGUUUGUUUCUUGAUUGGUUUCUUGAAUUGGGUUAGUCUUUUUUUGUUUUUGUUGCUUUUUUUGGAUAUGAUGAUGGGUCAAGAUGAGGUUGGGAGUGAUCAGACGCAAAUCAUAAAGGGGAAGCGUACGAAGAGACAGAGGUCGUCUUCGACGUUUGUGGUGACGACGGCGACAACCGUCACCUCUACAAGUUCAUCGGCCGGUGGGAGCGGAGGAAGAGCGGUUUCUGACGAGUACAACUCGGCGGUUUCGUCUCCGGUGACUACUACUGAUUGUACGCAAGAAGAGGAAGACAUGGCGAUUUGUCUCAUCAUGUUGGCUCGUGGGACAGUUCUUCCAUUGCCGGAUCUCAAGAAAUCGAGAAAAGCUCAUCAGAAGAUUUCGUCGGAGGAUUCGAGUUUCUACGUGUACGAGUGUAAAACAUGUAACCGGACUUUCUCAUCGUUCCAAGCACUUGGUGGACACAGAGCGAGCCACAAGAAGCCUAGGACGUCGACUGAUGAAAAGGCUAGAUCACCCCUGAUGCAGCCGAAGUCUAGUGCCUCAGAAGAAGGGCAAAACAGUCCUUUCAAAGUUUCCGGCUCAGCCCUAGCUUCUCAGGCAAGUAACAUCAUCAUCAACAAGGCAAACAAAGUACACGAGUGUUCGAUCUGCGGUUCCGAAUUCACUUCCGGGCAAGCGCUCGGUGGUCACAUGAGGCGGCACAGGACAGCCGUACCCGCGGUUAGCCCCGUUGCCGCUACGGCUGAAGUUAGCAGAAACAGUACAGAGGAAGAGAUUGAGAUCAGUUUGAGCCGUUCGAUGGAGCAACAGAGGAAAUAUCUACCGUUGGAUCUUAAUUUACCAGCACCAGAAGAUGAUCUAAGAGAGUCAAAGUUUCAAGGGAUAGUGUUCUCAGCCACACCAGCGUUAAUAGAUUGUCAUUACUAGUUGAAUUGUUUUUACAUAAAACGAUGAAUAUUUGUGAAUUCUCUUACUUAACUUACUAUAUUGUUGAUCAUUGGGAUUAUUUUUCGAAAAAUUGAAUCAAAUAUUAUUAUUAUGAUU